UUGACACCUUGACUAAAUCACCAGCACAAGGCUAGCUCCAUGAAGACGACACUGUAUCCAGAGUUGGCUUGGUCUUCUUCACACGGUCUCUUCACGCGGUGACGGAAUCUGCACAAAGAUGUAUCACUUAGCUAAAGGACUAUAUCUAUAUGCCACCAGCAAAGAAGAAUACUCAGUCCUGCUCCUAGGUCUCGACAACGCAGGCAAGACCACCUUCCACGAACAAGUCAAAUCCCUCUACCUCCCGUCCAACCCAGCGCCGAAACUAAAAACCGUCCCCACGGUCGGCCAAAAUGUCACGACCGUCACGCUACCAGAUAUGUACAUCAAGAUGUGGGACGUCGGCGGGCAACACAGUCUGCGCAAGCUCUGGCAAUCAUACUACCAGUCCUGCCAUGCGAUCGUGUUCGUGAUCGACAGCACGGACAUCGGGGACGGGAACCUGGAGCACGAUAAUAGCGGGCGGUUGGAGGAAUGCCGGUUGGUGCUGGAGGAUGUGUUGCAGCAUAGCGAGACGGAGGGCGUGCCGUUGCUGGUGUUGGCCAAUAAGCAGGAUAGGGAGGAUUGCGUGGAAGUUGUGAGGAUUAAGGAGGGGUUGGUAAAGAAGGUUUUUGAGGGGGAGAAGGGGAGUAGUAUUCGAGAUAGUAGGGUGUUACCUGUGAGUGCGUUGACGGGGACGGGUGUUAAGGAGGCGGUGGAGUGGGUGCGGAGUAGGGUGAAGUGGAAUAAGGAGGCGAGGCCGCCGGUUAUGAGGUGAUGCUUGGGAAGGGGGGGAGUGUGGAGAUAUCGAUUCAUAGACAGCGAGGCGUUUGGAAUAUUGUAACAUCAGGAAAGGGGAUAUCAUAUAUUUAGGUGUGCUACAUCUACCGACAAAUCUUGAAAGCGUUGAUGGUCCUUCAGGUGGAAUUAUGUAUCAAGGUCAGUCGACGGGUCAAACUUUACUUCCAAAAGUCCUGUCUCAGUGUCCUGCAAUAAGCCAUAGAUCUGCAUCCCAGUAAAGAACGGACUUCGUCUCAACUUAUCCACGUCUUCCUCUAAACUCUUUUCUGGACUCUCAAUACUCCCGAAUUCCAAUCCCUUCACCAGAGCUCUCGCUUCCCCUCUAUCACCCUCCGCCACAUUAUUAAUCACAAUACUCCUAAUCUCUUCAUCACUGGCAG